CCUUUUAACAGCUGCCCCUUCCUUGCCCGUCACCUGACCCUGGCCAUCCCCAUCAUUGCAGCCAUCCUCUUCUUCUUUGUCAUCAGCUGCCUGCUCCAGACAAGCUUCAGAGACCCAGGUAUCCUGCCCAGAGCCACUCCAAGUGAGGCUGCAGACCUGGAAAAGCGGAUCGACAGCAUGGGUACCUCUACCUAUCGCCCGCCGGCCCGCACGAUGGAAGUGGUCAUCAACAAGUACGUGGUGAAGCUCAAGUACUGCUACACGUGCAAAAUGUUCCGCCCUCCUCGCACCUCUCACUGCAGUGUCUGCGACAACUGUGUUGAGAGGUUUGAUCACCACUGCCCCUGGGUGGGCAACUGCGUGGGGAAGCGCAACUAUCGCUACUUCUAUGCCUUCAUCCUCUCCCUCUCCUUCCUGACAGCCUUCAUCUUCGCUUGCGUUGUCACCCACCUCACUCUGCGCUCUCAGCGAGACGGAUUCCUCAUCACUCUGAAGACGACACCUGCCAGUGUGCUGGAGCUGGUGAUUUGUUUUUUCUCAGUCUGGUCUAUUUUGGGCCUCUCAGGUUUUCACACUUACUUAGUCGCCUCCAACCUGACAACGAACGAAGAUAUCAAAGGGUCCUGGUCAAAUAAGAGGGGCUCAGAGUUUGCCAAUCCCUACAGCCAUAAAAGUAUCCUCACAAACUGCUGUGCGGUGCUGUGCGGACCGUUCCAUCCCAGUUUGAUAGACAGAAGAGGAUUUAUCCAGCCAGAUGUUGGGACCCCAUCCAGUCCCAAGAGUGAAAUCCCUUCUUUUGGAGCCAAAACUGACACCAGCAUGGUAGGAGGCAUUCCCUAGCAGAGCUGUGAUGUAGCCCAGUGCCUGCUGUGCCUGCACCUCACUCCAGCCAGUACCUUCC